AUGUUGACCAAUCUCGAUCUCCUCCUUACCCAUCCCUAUGUGUUGGCCAUCCAGGAGAAGCUGGCCGAUCUCGGUGCCGUCAACAUUGUCCUCGCUACCGUGGCCGCCGGCGCGGCUAUCGUGGCCGUCGACUAUGCCCGGAUGCUGCGCCUGAGAUCAAAGAUGCCUCCUGGUCCUUUCCCGCUUCCCAUCGUCGGUAACACGCUUUCGCUGCCCAAGAACAAGCCUUGGUUGCUCUUCGAAGAGCUGUCCAAGAAAUAUGAUGCGCCAGUAAUCACUUUCUGGAUUGGCCGAAACCCGACAGUGUGGAUCAACGAUGCCUGGAGCGCCCAAGAAAUCUUUGAGAAGAAGGCGCAAAUAUACUCGUCCCGCCCUCACAUGGUCGUCUUUGGCGAGCUUGGCGACGGCCAGUUCAGUCUCGUCACCAUGAAGACGCGCAAUGCCGAGGAGCGCGAUCGCUGGCGAGGCCACCGCAAGCUCAUGCACAUGGCCGUGGGCGUCCAGACCGUGCGCAAGUACCGCCAGAUCCAGAAUAACGAGAGCAAGAUCAUUGCCCUCGAUUAUAUUCGCGAGCCCAAGGAAUACGUCAAGCAUCUCGAGCGUUAUGCCACGAGCGUCGUCUCCGCUAUCGGCUUUGGUCGUCGCGUUGCUAGCUACAAUGACCCCAUCAUCACGGAAGUCAUUGCCUUGAUGCAGCUUGCUGCUGACCUGAAUGUCCCUGGCAAGAGCUUCCCUAUGCUCAUGGAGACCUUCCCUAUAUCAGUCCUCGCCAAGUUCCCUCGCUGGGCUCCUUGGAUGAAGGGCCUCGGUUCUCGUGGCCGCGGCGAUGGCGACUACUUCUACUACACCCUCAACGAAGAAGCCGUCCAGCAGCACGCGGCCAGGUCCCCGGCUUCGCAGGCCACCAUGUCUACCCCUUUUGCCCAGACCCUGUUUGACGAGAAGGAGAAGUACAACUUGAGCAAACGCGAGAUUUCCAGUUUGACUGCCAACCUGUUUGGUGCGGGUGCCGACACCUCGUCCAGCACCCUGGUGACCUUUAUGCUUGCCUGCUGCUGCUUCCGCGACGCUAUGCUCAAGGCCCAGGCUGAGAUUGAUGCCGUCAUCGGACCCUCUCGCUCGCCCCACUGGGAUGAUUCACCCAACCUGCCCUACGUCAACGCCUUCGUCAAGGAGGUCUUCCGCUGGCGUAGCGUCGCCAUCAUCGGUGGCCAACCCCACGCACCCACUCAAGACGACACCUACAAGGGCUGGCUCAUCCCCGCUGGAACUUGGGUGCAGGGCAAUGUCUGGGCUAUCCACCACAAUGAGCGCGACUUCCCUGACCCCGACGUCUUCAUGCCCGAGCGCUUUAUCCAAGGCGACGAGCACAAGAGGCCCUUCCCCAACGACAAGGGCUACAUGACGUUUGGUUGGGGCCGACGUGUCUGCAGCGGCCAGGCCCUCGCCGAACAAGGAACUUGGGUCAGCGUCGCUCGUCUCCUCUGGGCGUUUGACAUCCGGAAAAAGGUCGACCCCGUCACGGGCCGUGAAGUUGAUCUCGACAUCUUUGCUUUUACCAAUGGUCUCAACAUGCGGCCCCAACCUUUUGAGUGCGAUAUCAUCCCCGCAGCGAGGAGAUUAGGGAAGAGCCAGUACAGGCUCAGCACCUACUACCAGGCCAUGAAGGCCAAGGGUGGUACUGAACCCGUCGUUGACGAGAAGUCGGGCGAGCUGAAGAUGGUCAAGGUUCAGGGCUAG